GCCGUGCAGCCAGCUUCCUUGAGGACGCGUGGGAACUCAACGGUCCUGCAGGAGAAGACCCCUGGAGUCUAGAACCUUCUGAGAAGAUCAUGGCUGAGCCCAGUGACAACUCUCUGAGGAUUGUUCUAGUAGGGAAGACAGGGAGUGGGAAAAGCGCCACAGCAAACACUAUCCUGGGGCAAAGGAAAUUCGAUUCUAGAAUUGCACCCCAUGCUGUCACUAAGACCUGUCAGAAAGCGUCCCGCAAGUGGAAGGAGCGAGAACUCCUGCUUGUUGACACCCCAGGGCUCUUUGACACCAAGGUCAAGCUGGAAGCCACCUGCAUUGAAAUCAGCAAGUGUGUCCUCCAGUCCUGCCCUGGGCCUCACGCCAUCAUCCUGGUACUGCAGCUGGGUCGCUACACGGAGGAAGAGCAAGAAACUGUCAUUAGGAUCAAGGCUAUCUUUGGGGAGGCAGCCAUGAAAUACAUGGUUGUCUUGUUCACCCGCAAAGACGAGCUGGAGGACCAGAGCCUAAAGGACUUCCUAGAAAGUUCAGAUACAAACCUAAAAAGCAUCAUCAAGGAGUGUGGUGACCGCUGCCUGGCCAUCAACAACAGAGCAGGGAAGGCUGAGCAGGAAACGCAGGUGCAGGAGCUGGUGGAGCUGGUCGAAGCCAUGGUGCAGAGCAAUGGCGGCAUCUACUUCUCUGAUGCCAUCUACAAGGAUGCAGAGCAAAGACUGGAGAGCCAAGUAGCGCUCCUGAGGCGACUUUACACUGAGCAAAAACGGAAUGAAGUUAGAAUAAUAGAGGAAGAGUACGCUCUCGGGAAACUCAGUGCUCAGGAAAAAGAGGAAAUGGUACAGGCAAUUAGGGAAAAAUACGACCAAAAGAUAAGACAAGAAGCAGAGAAUAGCAUACUCAGCCAGAUUGUUGAAGGAAUUAAGAAAAUUCUUUUGAAAGUGUGGGAUAUUUUUCGUAAGUAG